AUGAACUUCUUUGUGAUGCAAAUGUUUAUGGAUGGUGAAAAAGCUUGGAUUUUGAGGUCGGGGAGCAAGAGGAUUAGCCAAUCAGAACUUGCUAAGCGUCCUGACCCGUUCUUUCUACCGGAUCUGCUUGAUGAGUUUGAAAAGAGUAAGUACGGAUGGCUUGCUGAUGAUAUAAGGAGACUCUGUGAGCUCAAAAGGAAACUCUUUAACGGUUCCGUCUCAGUUGAAGAUGUCGAAAGUAGACAAAAGAAGAAGAAAAAGCCAGUCAAGUUUGUCGAUGAUGUUUUGUCUCAAGAAUCUGUUACUAGCGGAGAUUACUCAGGAUCUGAUGCAAGUCCUGAAAGUUAUAACGAGGAGGAUUCAUCAAGGGUUCCUACUGAUGAUGACAAUGGAACUGAUCUGUAUGGAGUUGGUGAAGAAGAAGAAGCAGAACUUUGGAGGCAAAUGGCAUUUGCUCAAGAAUCAUCUAAGGUAACGGUGGAGAAUGUACAAGAUAUCGAUCUCAAUCAAGUUGAAGACUGUGAGCACUCCUUCAUCUACAAGGAUGAUGUUGGAGAAGUGUGCCGUGUUUGUGGACUCAUCAAGACUCCUAUCGAAAGUAUCAUCGAAGUUGUGUACAACAAGCCUAAGAGAUCAAGAAGAACUUACACACGUGAAGAACAAGAAGACACAACAGAAACAAGGAUAGACUUCACAGAAAACAAAUCUUCUCACAUUUUGGGAGACAAGAUGUUCAUCCACCCAAGGCAUGACAAUGAGAUGAGGCCUCACCAGGUUGAAGGAUUCAAGUUUCUAUGCAACAACCUCGCAGCUGAUGAGAAUCCAGGUGGGUGCAUCUUAGCUCAUGCGCCAGGAUCAGGCAAGACAUUUCUCCUCAUCAGCUUUCUGCAAAGCUUCAUGGCUAUGGAUCCACAAGCUAAACCAAUGAUAAUCCUCCCAAAGGGGAUCAUAGAGUCAUGGAAGAGAGAGUUCACUAAAUGGGCGGUUGAGGACAUUCCUCUCCUUGAUCUCUACAGCGUCAAAGCUGAAUCAAGAAGACAACAACUGAAAGUCUUAAGAACAUGGGUUGAAGAGAGAAGCAUUCUGUUUCUAGGUUACCAACAGUUUGCUAAGAUCAUAUGUGAUGAUAGUAACAUAGAUGAAGUCUCAGAAGAUUGUAAACGGAUCUUACUUGAGAAGCCAACGUUGCUUAUACUCGACGAAGGUCAUCAAUCGAGGAACAAGGAAACAAACAUGCUUAUCUCUCUUGCUCGUGUCAAGACUCCUAGAAAAGUUGUUCUCACUGGGACAUUGUUUCAGAACAACGUUGAGGAAGUGUUCAACAUUCUAAACUUAGUUCGUCCCAAGUUCUUGAAGCUGAAUCAAGAGAUUGUUUCACGUAUCAUGAGCAAGGCGGAGAUACCUAGUGGUAAACAUGUGAACCAGAGUAGUACUUUCUUCGCUGCGGUGGAGCUUACAUUGAUGAAUAACAGUACAGAGAGUUCAGCUAAAGGUAGUUUGAUUAAGGAUCUACGUGAGAUGACACGUCAUGUGUUGCAUUAUCACAAAGCAGACUUCAGAGGAUUGCUUCCAGGGCUUACUGAGUUCACUGUGAUGCUUAACUUGAGUUCACCUCAGAGAGAUGAAGUGAAAGGUCUGAGGGGAAUGGAUUUGUUUAAACAGAUCUCUCUUGGUGCUGCUUUGUAUAUACACCCAAAGCUUAAAAGUUUCCUGGAGGCAAAAGGAGAAAAGGGUUUUGCUGAUAGCAAGAAGCUAGAUAACUUGCUGAAGAAGAUUAACGUUAAAGACGGUGUGAAGAUGAAGUUCUUCCUCAACCUCAUAGCUCUGUGUGAAUCAACAGGAGAGAAGCUAUUAGUGUUUAGCCAAUACAUCAUCCCUCUCAAGACACUUGAGAGACUCCUAAGCUUGACUAAAGGCUGGAGGUUAGGGAAAGAGAUGUUCACAAUCACAGGAGAUUCAAGCAGCGAGGAUAGAGAACUGUCCAUGGAGAGAUUCAACAACUCUUCAGAGGCUAAAGUGUUUUUUGGAUCGAUCAAAGCCUGUGGAGAAGGAAUAUCACUGGUAGGUGCAUCAAGGGUGCUGAUUCUUGAUGUUCCUUUAAACCCUUCAGUGACUCAGCAAGCUGUGGCUAGAGCUUAUAGACCAGGACAGACCAGGAGAGUGUAUGCGUACAGGCUUGUGGCUGCGGAUUCACCAGAGGAAGAGUGCCAUGAGACGUGUUCAAGGAAAGAGAUGAUAUCAAAGAUGUGGUUUGAAUGGAAUGGUGGAUGUGGAGGAAGAGAUGAGUUUGGGUUUAGAGCUAUGGAUGUUGAUGGCUCCGGAGAUGUGUUUCUUGAGACGACGAAGAUGAAGGAAGAUAUCAAGUGUUUAUACACUAGGUGA